CGUUUGCUACAUCCGUGUUGUGUCAGCCCACGGCGCAACUGCCGCCCUGCCUGGUCUCUGGGUACGUGCCGAGAACUUUUGAAUGUGCCAGGACCGGUGGCCGAGAGGGCAGGAGAAAAGCAGGACUGGAACAGAAGUAGGAUAGCUGAAGCACCACCAGAGAAGGCAGCUUCGAAUGGGACUAUAGCACCAGGAUAAAUCGCGUCGGGAACAGCCAGGGGCUGCGAGCCAGGGCAGCUCAACACUUAAUAUUUAUUGACUAGUUAUUCCUAAAAUGAGGUUAAAAAUCGGAUUUAUUCUUCGAAGUCUAUUUGUCACGGGGACAUUAUUUUUCCUAGUUGUGCUUUGGUCUUCCCUCCUUCCAAAAUCAAACGACGAAUCGCAUCGAGUGGAAAAAAAAGAUGCAGUUAAUGCUUUGCCCGAUGCCAAGAAUUCAGUUUUGGGCAAAUUUAAGCCGGUGGUGCCAUGGCCCCAUGUGGAGGGGGUUGAAGUUGACCUGGAGUCCAUGCGGCAGAAGAACAAAGGGCACAACGAGGUCCAGCAGAAGCUUAAAGGGGGUGUGCAGAACUUGGCGAACGUGAUGCAGAAGCAGUACGCCACCUUUAAGCCUCACACCCACGUGUACUCCGAGCCGGUUCUGAAGAGCGGCGAGCUGGGUAACCUGGAGCCGAAGGCGCCAGAGCGCCCCGGUGUCCCCGGGGGACCGGGGGAGGAGGCCAAGGCCUUUGUUCUGGGGCCAGAGUACAAGGAGUCCAUCCAGGCCAGCAUCAAAGAGUUCGGCUUCAACAUGGUGGCCAGCGACAUGAUAUCCCUGGAUCGCAGCGUUAACGACUUGCGCCAUGAGGAGUGUAAGUACUGGCAUUACGAUGAAAACCUGCUCACCUCCAGCGUCAUCAUCGUCUUUCACAACGAAGGGUGGUCCACCCUCAUGAGGACGGUGCACAGUGUGAUCAAGAGAACGCCCAACAAAUAUCUGGCUGAAAUAGUGCUGAUCGAUGACUACAGCAAUAAAGAGCAACUGAAAAGCAGGCUGGAUGACUACAUCAAGCAGUGGAAUGGGCUGGUGAAGGUGUUCCGCAACCAGAAGAGGGAGGGGCUAAUUCAGGCCCGGAGCAUAGGCGCCCGGGAAGCCAAGCUCGGCCAGGUGCUGAUCUACCUGGACGCGCACUGUGAAGUGGGAAUUAACUGGUACGCCCCACUGGUGGCUCCCAUUUCCAAAGACAGAACCGUAUGCACAGUUCCGUUAAUAGAUUACAUAGACGGCAAUGAUUAUACCACAGAACCGCAGCGAGGUGGGGAUGAAGACGGUUUGGCCCGGGGUGCCUGGGACUGGAGUUUGUUGUGGAAACGGGUGCCACUAAGCGGCAAGGAAAAGUCUAUAAGGAAGCAUAACAGUGAGCCUUACCGAUCUCCUGCUAUGGCUGGUGGACUUUUUGCUAUUGAGAGAGAUUAUUUCUUUGAACUGGGUCUCUAUGACCCUGGUCUUCAGAUCUGGGGAGGAGAAAACUUUGAGAUUUCCUACAAGAUCUGGCAGUGCGGAGGGAAGCUGCUUUUCGUUCCCUGCUCCCGGAUCGGGCACGUGUAUCGCCUGCACGGUUGGCAAGGCAACCCGCCGCCUGCGCACGUGGGCUCCUCCCCCACGCUGAAGAACUAUGUCCGUGUAGUAGAAGUAUGGUGGGAUGAAUACAAGGACUACUUUUAUGCCAGUCGACCUGAAACUCAGACCUUGGCCUACGGAGACAUCAGCGAGCUGAAGAAGUUCCGGGAGGAGCAUCAGUGCAAAAGCUUCAAGUGGUUCAUGGAGGAGAUCGCCUAUGACAUCCCAGUUCACUACCCUCUGCCUCCCAAGAUCGUUGAAUGGGGAGAGAUUCGAGGGUAUGAAACCAGCUACUGCAUAGACAGCAUGGGUCACACCGAUGGGGGAAGCCUGGAGAUAGGGCCCUGCCACAGGAUGGGGGGAAACCAGCUUUUCAGAAUAAAUGAAGGCAACCAGCUUAUGCAGAAUGGCCAGUGCGUGACUGAAGGGCCAGAUGGGUCCGCAGUCAUCAUAACUAAUUGCAAAACUAACCAGUACACAGAGUGGAAGUACUUCAAGGAUCUUCACAGAUUCACGCAUAUCCCCACGAGUAAAUGCUUGGAUCGAUCAGAGGUCCUGCACAAGGUCUUCAUCGCCACGUGUGAUGAGAGCAAAACCACACAGAAGUGGGAAAUGAACAAUAUUGUGGCAGUUUGAAACGGGCACUCCUCCAGAAACUACAAGGCUGUGCUUAAUGCUAGCCACCUGUGUGCCUGCUGCAUCGAGAAAUCGGUUGAAUAUUGAAAUGAAGGAGAUCUGAGAAAAGGGAGACCAUGUCUUCUUGCUGUGAGCUGUUUACGAAUAUUGUUUUUAAAUUUAUUUUAAUUGAUUGAUCAUUGAUCGCGUUUACAUCUUUUCUUAUCUCCAUAUUGAUGAAGAUAAAUUUUGGGGAUUUUGCUCAGGGGCCUAUGAAGCUGUUUAUUUUAUUUUUUUCCCUCCCCAAUUGUAUAUUUACAUUAAGCAUUGUGCAAUCUAUCAAUGUUAUUUUUAACAGAUACAGAAGUUCCAAAACACUCCUUUUCUGUUUUUAAAUUUAUAGUCAAAAAGAGGGACAUCUGCAGGACAAGGUCUUUGCCCAAAAGCUUAGCUCUUGAGCAUACGCUUCUGAAAUGGAGAAAACGUGUGAUGUCCUUCUUUUUGAAUUUAUCGUUUUGCCUCCAGCACCUUUUUUUCUGAACUUUUCUGUGUGGUAGUUCUUUAUUUUUAUUUCCAAGUUUAAAAUCAAAUCUGUGUGUGCUAAUUAUGUGUUGCUGAGGGGCAUUUUUCAUACAAGAAGCCAGCAAAACCAUUCGGUACUGUAACUGCACACAUGAAAUCAAGCCUGGCGAAUGCAGCACUGUUUUAAGUGUUUUGUCCUCGGUGUGAAAUGUACCAUUUCCAAUACUGGGUUUUCAUUUUGUCAUGCUCAAUGUCAGAUGUCUUUAUAGCUGUAAAAUCUUUAUUAGCUGGCCCAAAUCACGCUCUACACAUCUGAUUGCAAAUAUUAAUACAGUAAUAUAUUUUUAUGGAGUCCCCCCCCCCCCCAUUUCUAAUAUUGUAUUGACACAUUGUGACCAAACUCAAAAAUCUGAAAAUGACACGCCACGAAAUAAGUCCUGAACAAACCUAUAGCCUUCAAAAUUUUGUGAAAAUGGAGAUGUCAUUUUAAAGAUUUCUGUUUGGUCUUUGGUGAAGGUGUAAAUAUCUAAUUUAAACAUUGAUUCUUACUGGUCCUCAAUGGCGAAAAAAUUGAAUUAUUUCACUCAUUUUUAUUUCCACUUGAUUUAACCUGUAACCUUCCAACAUGUUUGGCCAUGGUAACAGUGUUUUAGCUGCAUUUCUUUUUAUUUUGUACGAUUUCAUUUUCCUUGUCUUUUGGGUACUUUUCUCAAGCUUUCUCUAUUCUUUUAUUGGUUAUUGGUUUUUGCUUAAAUGGUGUUACAAGUUAGCCCCACAACUAAAUUACUGGUAGUCUCUAUGAAAGGGCUGAGUCUGGUAGAGCGGUUAUUUUUACUGUUGCGAAAUGUGUUCCAUGAUUAUUAAAUAUUUCUGGAUAUCAUUAUAUUCAAAUUAAAUGUUGCCAGUUAUGUUAAAUAUGAUGUGCUCUAAACCAGCAAGGUUCCUCCUCAGACUUUUGUAUUUGAUUGCAGUUGUACUGAAGAAUUUAACUUACUGCAGGACUUUUCUGCAGCGAAUUCCCAAAUUUAUACUUAAACUACAGCCAGUAUUUGGAGUA